GCUCACGGCUUCUUUCGCGAUGCUCUUUUGAUGGUCACUUGCGCCUUUGUUCCCAUCAUGUAGCGAUGGACACCGGUCGUACUUAGCUGGAUGCAAGAUCAAACCGCAGCUUGCUAUGCCAUGCAUUUUCGUCAGCUAUUUCUCAGCAUUGAGGCCAAGAUGCCCAUGUGCGACUUCAGUCGGUUCGCAAAUGUCGUGGACUUCAGUGAUUCUCAGAGAUGUGGCUUUCUCGAUGCGUUCGCUCAACACAUGUAUAACAGGCAACGCAGUCCAGAAUAUCCUGGGGUCAGACAGGAAUUGGCUCAUUGGCGUUCUCAAGGGGAAUCCAUAUUGAAGGGCUGCUCGUUUCACUGGCAGAAGGGCAUCACAAAGGAGGCUGGAAAGCUGCCAUUAGACUCGCGUGCCGCGUUCCAAAGCUUGGUACGUCAAUUGGGAACUUGCUCCAGCAACGAGGAUUUCCAGACGAUUAAAUGUGCUCUUGAAAGCCAGUUUCCAACCUCCAAGCAUUACAUCAGCUGGUGGACGAAACCCUCAACAGCUGGCAUGAUAUUCGAGUCUCAAAAGUCGCCAGAAAGCGCAUAUCAGCACCAAACCUUGCCCGAAACGAGUAAUGGAGUGGAAUCAAUGCAUGCACGCAUAUACCAUGCUGCUGGCAUUACCUCUUCUGACAAGAAAAUGGAUACUAUAAAAGGCCUAGAAGCUCUGGCGUUGUACGCCAAUAUGGUCGCUAAGGAGCGCCAAAACUGGUUGCAACCACAUGGCACAUGCCGACAGCCGCUACAGCACUGAGUUGGUGCUUGACUUGCGUGGUCUGUCUGCCUCUUCUUCGCAUACUGACUGCUCGUCGGUCGGUACUGCAAGUCGUGAGUCUACAAUCCAGCGACAUGACGCCAAGAAACUGCAAGUCGCUAUACGUGAUGACGCCCAUCAACCUAUG